ACCACAUGCGUGACAGAAGACCUUCUGCAUAUGAUUAUAAGAGUUGUGCCUACUAUAAACGAUUCAUACUCAAAGACUGAUCUAAAACGAAGACCAACAUUUUUUGCAUCAUUAAAGCCAUCACAACCUCUGGCCAGUAUAAAGGACAUUGUAAAGUUUAAUGAUGCAAAGAUCAAUAUCGGAGGAGGAUAUGAUUCUAGAACAGGAAUAUUUACUGCACCAUGGAGUGGAAUCUAUAUUAUUUCCAGCACUAUUAUGGCUCUUCGUGGCGGUGAUGUUCAUUUUCAGCUAAACAAGAACGACCAACUUUAUACAGGAGGCUAUGCUACCAAAUCGUAUUAUGGAGCUCAAACAAUAAACUCACUCGUCGAUCUUAGGAAAGGAGAUAAAAUGUACAUUAAACACAGAAUUGGUGCUUCCCAAACUGUGUAUGGAGAACACUUCUCUACAUUUUCUGGUUAUCUUUUGUCCGAGUAAUAAAAUUUACUGUUCUCGAUAUUCUAUUCACAUUUUUAGAACAAACAUGUAGUUCAUUUUUAUUUAAUACUGAAUUCUUUGAAACUCGGUCUAAUAUGAUCGUCGAAUAAAACUUUCCUAUCUUUU